GCCCAAAUGGGGGCAUCUGAGUCUGUAGAAAUCACGAAAGAAGACGAACAAGAACGAGAAGAAUAUGCAAAAGAUUUUCACGAUCAAGGUAAUCACGAGACGAUAAAGUUAUUGGAAAAAGAUGGUUAUAAUUCGAUGACAAAUGCUCUUGAACAAGACCCAGAAAUGUCACUUUCUAUAUCGUCCUUAUCACCUCAAUUAUCAUCUCUUAAUACGCCACGUUUUGAUUCAUCUAUAAAGGAUUCAAACCCUCAUCUCAUAUCAAACAUAAAUCGUACCUUUUCAUUGGAUAUGAUUGAUGAUGAUCGAACGUUUGAGAUAUACGUGAUAUGUCACGGUGAAUGUCACAUGAACCUAAAGCCUGAUCUGGUUGCUGGUCGGUGUCCUGAAGCCGCAUUAACGCCAAAUGGGAAAAGACAAUCAAGAGCAUUAGCAGUAUUUUUAAAAUCACAAGGAAUUCGGUUUAACGCCAUUUAUACCUCACCUUUAGAUCGGGCUCGUGCAACAGCUAUUCCUGUUUGUCAGGAGAUGAAUUUUCCAGAGAACAAGAUACAAACCGCGGAUGCACUAAACGAUAUGAGUCAAGGAAGUUGGGAGGGUUGCCGCCACUCGGAUGUAUAUACCCCUUCGAUCCUAAGUGUAAUGGAGAGAUUACAACCUGAUUUUUGUGCACCCUGUGGAGAAACACUAAGGCAAGUGGAAUUUCGAAUGAUGGAAUUCUUAAAUGGAAUAGUGUCAUGUUUGCCUGAAAAACUAAAAUUUGAUUAUCUGCCUCCUGAUGAGUCUCCUCCGCUGCUACCUAAACUAGAUAUACCCGUGAGGCCUAAAAUAGGUCCAUCAAAACGAAAGCCAAGCAAGAGCCGUUUACAAAUGGUGCACGCAAGUGGAGAUCAUGAGGCUGAUGAUGAGAUGUCACCUAGAGUGCCUAACAAGCAUCGCGAACAUAAGGUGUUCCCUGAAUUAAGUUUGAAAAAUGUCAACAACGACAGCAACUAUAACAAUGACAAUAACAAUUGUUGUCUUCCGACUAGUUCAUCUUGUUGCUGCAUAGGUGUAUUUAGUCAUUCGGUACCUAUCAGAUGUCUAGUUACAAGUAUCCUUGGUUGUAGUCCAACCAUGUCCACCAAAAUCUGCAUUCAAGAUUCGUCAGUAACGGUUUUUCAAUAUUCACGGAAAAUGGGUUGGCAGAUUAAAAGAGUGAAUGAUACUUGUCAUCUUAGACUUAUGUAG